AUGGUGCAGCGAGAGCUCCUCCACGACCUCGUCGAACGCAGUCGAGAGCGCGUUGUGCAGGUACGAGCAGGUCAUAAUGUGCUCCGCGUGCUGCACCAGCAACAGCUGCACGCACCUCAGCUGAGCAUGUCAACUUCUCUACCGUUGCUUCAUCCGGCUCCUCUACUGGCGAAAGCAUCAAAGCACAAGACGCUAGCUGCGCAAGUAGCAGAUGACCAUAACAUAGGUCGUCAACGUCGUCGAGCUUUGCCUCGGCUCGCUAAGGAUGCCAUGGAGCUUCCCGAAGGCGCGACGUCCUUCGAGCAGUAUCAGAACUUUAUGGCCAGCAAAAUCUUCCGAGAGCAGGCAAUACAUCUGCAAAACCGCCGCGUUGCACUCGUUCCACAAGACGAUUUGUUAAAGAAAUUGGCUACGGUCUGUGCUGCAGCGUUAAAGGAAAUGGAGAACAUGGAGGAAGCUCCGGCUGUGCGAGAGUCGCUGCACUCAAAACUGCUGCGAGCGAUGGCACUGCUUCGCCGAGGUCGUGCGUUUGAACAGGUUAAGACACUGGCCCCGCCUCCGCCUCCUACUUACGGAGAUAUAAAGAACGCGCACGUGGCUUUCUUGCAAUUCAAGAACGACGACGGAAGCACCAAACAGAAACGAGUCCACCCUGCCGGUCUACAGGACGGCAACGCGUCGAACAAGACGCCGAUUCAUUUUGGUGAUCGAAUCUGUCUACUGUCAUCGAGCUCCAACUUGCCCCUCGCUGUCGGACCCGACGGCCGCAGUCAUUCGGCACCCGACAGCUCCGUUGGCCCUCACAUGACAUUUACCAUUGUGGACUUUCGAAGCCCAGCGCGUUACGACGAAGUCACCGCCACAGACGAUUUCUGGCUUCCUUCGCUACUCAGUGACACAAACUACUAUCUUGGCUGUCCUGGAUGGCUAGAUGACGAGCGUCGGCUAAGUGGGCAGCAGCGAUUUCGUCUAGUGGCGAUGAAAGCUCUGACCCCUUCGAGAGAAUACUACGGUGAUGAUGCAGCUACACGAGAACAUGCAAUCGAAACCAACGAAGGCAUCAUGCGUUUGGCUCGCUGGCGGAUUGUACGAUACAAGCCUCGAACGCACAAGCAACUCGGUGGGACGACAGACCACUCUGGUGUAGACGACGAGCACGACGUCAAUGACGCCAUGCUGAAUUGCUCAACCGUGUACCUUGUCUUGAGCGACUUUGCGCUCGUGUACGAUAAAAGACACAAGCGUGGCGUGGCGGUACGUGUUGCUUCAGAGCCACCUUCUGGAGUUGCUAUCGUGCGCCUUCCAGCGUGUGCGAGGUGGCAAGUGCGUAUUCUACAGCGUAGUGGAGGUCUGAACUAUUUGAAGGAACUGGAAUUGGCCAUGGCUGCCGUCACAGGAAACUUCCAAAAUGAGGACGGAGCGCGUGUAGAAUGGCUACGCGAAAAGCAAGAGAAAAUGGCGUCGAAUGAUCGGCGAAUACGCGCAAAGACGAGAUUGGUGUCUGAUGCUCGACGCCAGUAUGACCUCAUUGUGUCUCAAAGCAACAGCAAGCUAGAGCAAAUUGAACGACAGAAGGGUGCGCAAUCUACGGGGUACUUUCAGCGGCGACUUGAGGCCCUGGAAAAUAUGGAAAGUGGCCACCAGCUGCACGAAAUAAUACACCUCAAGCACCAGCAGCUUCACCGAGUCGUUGAGCUCCCGCACAUUUGA